GAUUCAUACUGCAUGUUGAGGACACACUUGACCGGAUCUGCUCAGAACCAGCUCGGGGCCUCCCACGAUCUCCCACGACCGGUCGAUGAUUAUCCAAGAUAACUCGUCACUGCCCUCGGUCUUCUUGCCCUGCGAUCGAGCUCCUCUACCCGAACAGGCCGCAUGGCAGCUCUUCUCUCGGCGUAAGCUCUCGAUGAGCGUGGGACGCACGCAAUGCCUCUCCCACCACGGUUAUUUUCUGGUGACGAAGAGCUAGGAAAAAAGGAUGAUGACCACAGACGGGGAGGCAGGACGCCAAUGGGGCUUGCCUGGCAGCAUCGACGAAUACCCCAUGGGCCACAUCGGAGGACUUUGAAAAGGCUUGCUUUGGGUAUUCUUGCAUUCAUCGUACUCUACUAUUUUUUCAAGAAUAUGCCAACGGACCUAGAGAAUCCAAGACAGAGACCGAACUACGGCUUCCCUGCUGGUCCAAAUGCACCUCCACCAAAAUCACCCCAAGGCGAAGACUCGCGGUCAAAACCCGGCCAUGAAGGAACAGCAGAGUCUGUGGCACACGAUUUCAACGGCCCUAUUAAGUUUUACCACCUUGCCUCGACCCUGCAUGCAGUUUCUAAGACGAGAGGCGCGGAAUUGAUAAAUCACAACGUCCUCUUCGCCGCUGCCAGUUUGAAGAGUGCCGCGAGAUUACUGCCCAUUGCUUGCGAUAUGGCUAUUCGAGAGAGAAACUAUGUACAUUUUGCGCUUCUGGGAAGGGAUGACAUUUCUAUGGAUAUUUUGAGAUCGGUCAAUGGCAUAACGAAGGAAUGCAAGAUCAUAUUUCAUGAUGGACGGCCGGACUUUUCUCUUCACAGCACAGAUUUCCGGAUGGAGGUCGCGGCCUCGGCUGCUUUUAAUCACAUUAACACCUUCAUACAUCCGCAAGCAACGUUCGUUGAUGCAUCUGGGGAAGAGGAGAUAUGGUGUCUGAAGGGUAUUAAGGAUCGUGCGGUUACUGCUGGGAGGACGGUAAUCGACCUUCCUGGAAAUGCGGAGCAAAAUCUAAUGUGGAUUACAAUGCUGGACAGUUCUUCACUGAGUUCCUGGAAUAAGGUUACCAUUGAUAUCGUUGUUCAUGCUCAGUCAUCGUCUUCUGGAUCUCUGAUGAGAUUGCUGAACUCUUUAAAGAAGGCCGAUUUCUUCUCCUCCGCCCCACCACGAUUGACAAUCGAGCUCUCACAUAAUAUCGACGAACCAUCCCGCCAAUACCUUUCACGCUUCAAGUGGCCACCAGCCGCACAAAACACUGGAAGUCUACUUACAUUGCAUCACCGAAUUCCACAACACGGACUUUCAGCAGAAGAGAAUUCGAUCCGAAUGCUCGAAUCUUUCUGGCCUUCUGAUCCGUCUACGUCACACAUUCUUGUCCUUUCUCCUCAGAUAGAACUCUCGCCAUUGUUCUUCCAUUAUCUGAAAUAUAGCUUACUCGAAUUCAAGUACUCUUUCAGCAGAAUAGAUUACCAGCAGAAUCUCAUGGCUCUCAGCCUUGAUAUUCCGUCGAAUUAUCUAAACGACUCGACUUCAUUCGUUCCCCCUUUGACGAAUAUAACCAAGGGGUCAAAUAUUAUUGCCAAAGGUAUUAGUCCUUUUCUAUGGCAAGCUCCAAACAGUAAUGCUGCAUUGUAUUUUGGCGAGAAGUGGGUUGAGCUGCACGAUUUCGUUGCACAAUCUCUUUCGUCUGAGCAUGCCUUACCGACCCCGACAACAUUGAAUAAGAAAGAAGUUAGCAAAACGUAUCCUUCAUGGCUUGAACAUGUCUUGAAACUUGCCCGAGCUCGCGGGUACUGGACGAUAUAUCCGAAUUUCGAGGAUUCGGAUUCCCUGGCAACGUUGCAUAACGACUUGUAUCAACCUCCUGAGGAGUAUAGAGAGGAAGCUGAGGAAGAGGCUUCAGACGGGGAAUUGACUGCUGAUCCGGCGAAGCAUUUGUCGCUCAAACAUGCCGAGACUGCUUUGAUUACAAAAUCUCUUCUGAGUAUGUUGCCAUUCAAGGGAGAACUGCCUAAGAUUGCGGGUAUGCCUUUGUUGAGCUGGGAUGGGAGCCCGACCACUGUAGAAGAUCUUAAGCAACAUGCUGUUGAGUAUUCCCGCGUAUUUAGAAGAGAGAUUGGCGGGUGCGAUGAGGGCGCGCCUGAGAAGAUCCAGGAAGAUUUCAGGGCCCGCGAUUUGUUCUGUUUACAUGAUCUAUGAUGUACAAAUUAUAUACCACAAUGUAUAAAUGAAUUAUCAUCAAUGCUCGUUUAAGG